AUGUCCCUGCCCCGCGUCGUCCCCUGGCGCGACUGGGCCGAGUGGCAACUUGUGUAUGCGGGCCUCUACGCCCAACAGCCCGAACCGCGAAUGAGAGCGGUGGCCCGCUGCCGGACGUGGCGUUUAAGGGGAAACGUGCCCCACGCCGUCGAGGCGACGGCCGCACUCAUAGCCAUCGACGACCUCGACCCGCAGACGGCGUCGCUCGCGCGCGCGGCUGCGGUAACGAGGGCCGUGAACGGCGCGUUGGACGUCGGCCAAACGGGCCGGGAUGCAAAACCGUUGAAUGCACUCGCGGAGCAGGCGGGCCUGCCGACCUGGCUCGUCGACGUGCGGCACGGGAUUACGCAUCAAAAGCUGCCCGCCGACGGCGUGUUACGGGCGGCUUGCGACGAAUUAUUGCGGUUCUUCGAUGCCACGUACUGGAGGCCGCAAGCUGAGCACCUCCAGGGUCUACGGAGUGCUUCUGCUAAGCUUGUUGAUGAUGUGUUGCGGGCGUUUUCCUCAUCCAAGAAAAAACGGAAGCGGAAGAUCAAUCGGGAAUUUCUCGCGACUUGUGCUCCAUGUACACUGGCGAACGUGGUGGUACCCGUCCUGGUCGAGACGGACCUGUUUUCUUCUGAUACUGCUGCUGAAGCAUUGGUCAAGGAGCUCUCUGCGGCGUGGCCGGCGGCUCGACUUGCGAUAUGUGCCGCUCUAGUGGCGCGGUCGCACAAGCGCGCUUCCAAAUGGAUUCCGAGGCUCGCGUCACAACGCGACGUCGGCGUACUGCGUUCCGUGUUGCCGGCGAGGCCGAACGCCCAGGUGGCGCUGGCAUUGGCGAGGCUGCUCCCUGCUAGAAAUAGGCGGCCUUGUCCGGGUCUGGACGAGCUCGAGCGCCUCGUGAAGCGUCCUAAGAAAACUGUUAGUUAG